AUGUACGGCAGCACCAACAUCACCACAGGUACCAUGUACGACUGGAUGAAGUGUUUCUCGAGCAUCAAGAGCAUGUCGGCCAUGCUCAACCCGGAGCAGGAUGUGUAUGACAGCAACGGCUACACCACGAACAAGCACUGGGUCUCCGGUCCCAACACGGUCUUCAAGAGCAUCAUGGAUGCCAUGUACACCGGCACAUACAAGGGCAUGUAUGAUGCCUUUUUCCUCAUGGAGAUGGAUGCCGUCCCACUGAAGCACUACUGGCUGGAGCAGUUCGAGACGGAGGCCCAUGAGAUGCCGGACAUGAACAUCGCUGUGCGCGGAAGCCAGUACCUUGGUGACAAGUGGGAUCUGUUCAAGCACCAGAUGCCCAACUACUUGGUGGAGCACAUCAACGGCAAUGCCAUCUACAACCUGAAUCACAACUGGACCUCGUAUUUGUACACUACCUUCACGAGCGACAGUGCCAUGAUGGAAGAGAUGGCCUUCGAUGUGGGCUUUGCGAUGAUCACAAUGGCGGCCAUGGAUGGGGAUGCGAAGUUUGCUUCUGGCUGGACGUCUGCCAUGGGUGGCAACAUGACCUACAAUGCAGUCUCCAGCCUAGUGGGCAACUAUGCUAACACCCUGCUGAACAAGAGCUUUGAGUUCCCGACCUUCAUCCGCCACGGCUCCAGCAAGAACUUGUUCAGUGCACUGGAGGAUGAUGUGACCCUAGGAGUUGCCUUCUUCGACAAGCGCGGCCACUUGAAGGAGACCGUUCCCACGCAUCACCCCUUCAAGAAGAUCUUGGGUCUGGCAUACUAUGACGAGAUGGACAGCCUUGAGACCAUCAUGGGUCCCAACGGCAACAUCUCCAUGAACAUGACCAAGGCCCAGGAGGCACCCUAUUACCACCUCUGUGAGGUUGCCAAGAUGGUCGACACCACCUGGUUUGCCCUGACGGACAAUUACCACAUCGUGAAGGCCCCAGUGAGCGUCCUCAUGGAGGGCGACAAGCCCGUCCUGCCUUACGUGCUCAAGGACUCCAAGUACUGUGGCGAGCGCCCCAACUGCAAGGCUUCCUUGGAGCAGGCGGAGGAUCUCUUUAGCAUCAACCUGAACUACCACCACGACAAGUACGAGGUGCUCUACAAGACGGCUGAUGCCAUUCAGUUCUGCAAAGCUUGGGACACUGCCGUUGAUGGCAAGAGCUGGAGCGACUGUAGCCUCACCUUCGGGCCCACUGGGGAUGACUACAUCGCCUGGAAGAUCAGCUCUCCUGCGUCCAACAUCACGGACGAGUUCAUGCCCAAGGACAAGACGCGAUACGGUUGGAGAGCUUGGACCAGCCUUUGGCAGCCGGCCCCUGUGGAGUCUCGCACGUGCGACACGAUCCUCUACGGCGUCAAGGAAUACCUCGAGACACUUGAGAACAUCUCCGAGUGCGCGGUGAACUAUGUGGAGGAUGCUGCCGGCUGCGCUGCUGACAGCACGUGCUCCUGGAGGCCCAUGUUCGAGUCCGGCAUCUGCAUGCUGGACUACAAGAGUGUUGUUCCGCAAACCACGGUCGAGGGAGCUGUUUACAGCACGGUGGAAGUCAAGAUGCCCAUCGUUGUAGACGAUCCUGCGACCAUCACCGAGAACACCACCAUCACCACUGCCAUGCGCUCUGGCUUCGCGGACCUGAUGGGUGUGGACUUGGACCGGGUGAAGCUUACCUUCGAGGAACAGGCGCGGCGCCUGCAAAUGCAGAGGAGGAGGCUUUCCGUCACCCUCCUUGCCGUGUAUGAGAUCACCAUGGACACCAUUGAGGCCGCCGAGGAGUUGCGCGUGGCAGUGGAGACUACGCCCAUUGCAGAGACGCAGCGGGUCAUCAAGAACACCGUUGCGCAGGCAGGGUUCCAGGGCAGCUUUGAGGUGCGGUCAGUGCAGACCGCACUGGUCCCGUCUGCAUCGACCACGACCACAACCACAACCAUGUCCGCGACGACCACUACGGGCGCCGGGGAUGACGAUGAGACCACCACCACCACGACUGAGGACGGGGAUGGUGAAGAAGAGCCUCCCAGCUCGGCAGUUGCGGGUACGGUGUCCGCUGCUGUGCUGGGUCUCGCUACUAUGCUUUUGGCCUGA